ACUAGGUAGAGUCUGUGAUUGCUUUUUGAAUUAGUUUAACAUUUAUUCACAAAAUAUAUUAUAAAGAAGGCAAAUUCAAGUAAACGGACAAUUCAGGAGGUAGAUGAUGAUACUGCAGAUGACGUGGUUUCCCAUCAAAAUAUGGAAGCAUCCUCGGAAACGACGGAAACAUCAGAGCAUACGUCACAAGAAACAGUAGAAACUUUACAAAAAUCGUAUUUAUUUAAUGGGUAAUUCUUUUCUACUGUACAUUGUGACGGAAUUAAGUUAGUAGCACAAUAUAAAAACUGCUCAAAAGUAAUUCAUGGUCAAAAAAUGUCAACCGGAAAUUUCCUAAGCCACUUAAAAUAUAAACAUCAGGUAUUAUUACACCAAGUACAAGAGGCUCUAAGCAAUGCAAAACUAUCAAAUAAAACAAAUGUACUUAGUCGACCAACCAAAAAACUUACAAAACAACAGAUAAAUAAAGUAGUGUUUGAUUAUAUCAUUGAUGAAAUGAAACCUCUGGUUACAUGCGAAAAACCUUCUUUUCAAAAGUUAAUCAUGGAAUUGUCUGAAAUUACUGAUACUGCUUUAUUACCAAAUAGAAAACAAUUAACUAGUGAUUUGAAAGAAAGAUAUACAACAUACAAAACUACACUUUCAGAAUUAGUAAAAAAACACUCAUACAUUUGUAUCACUGCCGACAUCUGGACUGCCAACAAUAAAAGCUUUAUGGGUAUGAUAUGUUAUUUUAUUGAUAAUGAAUCUUACACAAAUCGUCAUUCCUAUGUUUUUGGAUGCAGAAGAAUGAAAGGUACACAUGAUUUCUUAAAUAUUGCUAAAGUUAUUACAAAAAUAAUGGAAACAUACAAUUUAAAUAAUUCCAAAAUCACAUAUAUUAUAACAGAUAAUGCUACCAACUUUGGAAAAUGUUUUCGUACUUUUUCAAAUAAUGUAUUAGAACAUUCAAACGAAUAUGAUGUUGGAAAUUUUACUAUUAAUGAUUCAGAUACCGAGUGUGCAAUCGAUUAUAAUCACGACUCUGAUAGUGAUAAUGAAAACAACUGUCCUAAUAUUGAAAGAAUUAAUGUUGGUUCAGUGUUAACCAACUAUUACAAUACUAAUGAACAUAAAAACUAUAAUAAUUUUUGUCUAUCAAAACCCAUGACUUGUGUAGCACAUUCUCUAAAUUUGAUUUCUGCCACAGAUAUAUCUAAAAUAUCUGAUGACAAUUAUAAUCGUUUAUCUAAAACUACUUUUAACAAGCUACAAGCUUUUUGGAAUCUAGUUAGUAGAAGUUCAGUAGCUUCUGAUAAAGUCUAUGAACAUUGUAACUGUAAGUUUCCAAUUUCAGUUAUUACUAGAUGGAACUCUAAAUAUGAUGCUACUCAAAAAGUGUUAAUACACAAAAAGAAAUUGGAUAUUUUAUUUGAUGUAUUAAAGUUAAAUAAACUCAAACCUAAUGAAUGGUUAUUUUUGGAAGAAUACUGUCUUUUGUUGAAACCAUUAUCAAAAUAAUUGGACAAGUUAC